AUGGCCGCGUCUUGCAUUGCCAUCCGGUGGAGGUCGGAGACGGAGCAUCGGGAGACGCAGAUUACAUGGACACCUCCCAAGUUGCACGCCUGGAAUCACCUGAAUUCAAUCAUUGUGCAACGUCGUGGUCCUGCAGUGUCGGUGCUGGGACCCCAUCACCAGAGCCUAGUUGACGCAUCCCCGCAGUGGCUCCUGACGGACCACCAAGAAUCUCGACCACAACCCGCCGAGCGAUCGGCCCUUCGAGGCGGCUGCUCGGCUGACAGUUCCGAAGGGCAUACCGGAUACCGGACUGGCCGGCAACGUGCCAUAACAUCGGUCGAUUUCUUGGGCAAGAUCGCGGUGUUCCCAGCAUCUCGUGUCGCGAACACGAUCCUUCACGGCCGCCUGGGCAAGAGAGACUCAACCCUGCUAGGACCAACCCGACUUUUCAACCACAAGAGACAAGAGAAGUUAGAUCUCGAGUCGAGGCUGUCGACGUCACAUCUGGAGGCUCGGCAAGGUCCAGUCAGCCGAAGCCUCAACGGGGCCUCUUGGGCAAGUCCAUGGCCGGCCCAACCUUGCCCACUAGCGCACCGCUCCCGGCCUCGCGACGGCGGGGCAGGGUCCCCCAAGGCCCCGGGCUCUGGGAGCGUGCACCCCCCUCAUCGCCCUGCUUUGCCUCCCUUCGGACACCGUUGGCCCCUCGGAGCCAAGACGAACACGCUAUCGGGAGGGGUCCGACAUAACGUCGAUGGCCCCUCCACCGCGUCCACGAUAACGUUUUUUUGCGCGAGAUCCAAGAUUUCGACAGCGCGUAGCAGCGCAUCCCUUGCGAGACUCAAAGCAAAAAAAAGAAUGACAAGCAAGGUUCGCUGCCAAGAAGACGAGGAGAAGCAUCGUCCGCGCUUCCAAGCUGACCCCCACUGCUCGGCCUGGUCGACCCCUCCAGGGACCAAAAGCCGUGCCGCCGUCUCUCACUCCAGCAUCAUUAGGAAUGACGUGGCAGGGUGGGUGGACCCUGGCGAUCUCUGCAGCAUUCCCCUGGACAUAGCAAUCGCCGCCGUGGUGUUUUCUUACCGAAAGGGACUUGGCACUGGCAAACGCCGCAGCUUGCGCCACAGCUCGCGACGCCACACGGGGGUCUUAUGUGCCCUAGGGGAAGUGAUCGGCCGGCGAACGCCGUGGCAGCGUAAGAAAAGCCAACCCAACGGCUCUCCCGCAGGCAAAAUCUAUCAAUGGCACACACAAGGCGACAAGCAAGUUGUGAUCAUAAGCCUCUGGGGAAAUGUGUCCUCGUCCGUCAAGCUGAAGAGCAUCGCUCUGCCCGCCCUGUUUGCCACCAAACCCACCACCCGCGCCCUAGCAGCCCGGCGCUUCUACCCAACCUAUCCCGUCGGCAACCGGCCCCUGUUCAUGCGCGAGGCGGACUGCAUUCGUCUUUUCUCAAUCACGAGGGGCUGUCACCGACGCUUGGCGCAGCGAGCCCACCACGCCCAGGCAACCCACCAUCCCACUCCCGACCGCAGAACCCCUUGUUGACCUGCAGCAUGGCCAUUGUAGAGACCCAACGCGGGGCCUCAUCACGAGCGGACAAGCCUUGAAGGCAUGUGUAUCUGCGCUGGACCAUCUGGUGUUAGGUAAUGUAUGGUGCUCUCAACAGCGGGUUCGCCAACACGAUCCUCCCCGGCGUGGAAGUUUCGAGAUCAUGUGCAUUCCCGCGCCGCCCACACUCGCCUCCCCCUGCCCGCCCCGGCCUACUUUAACCCUGCCCGAGUCAAUCUCCGCGGAAAGUACUCAAAAACAACGACGACCAAACAGUAAAGUUCUGCACAGCCAGCAGGGUGCCUCAAAUGUGCAAUUACGUCAUUGUCGCAUUCCUAAUGCUUUUCCCAAAUAGGUUAGCGUAACUUGUGAUACUGGCUUUUGCGCUCCUGACACACGGCAGCCCGGUUGCGCCGUGCAGGCUUCCCGACAACUUCCGUCGUCAGGGACUGGCUGCCACCACACUUUAGCUGUUCCAUCUUCCUUAUUCUUCGGAUGAGGUAACCAAGCUUAUGGUGCAAUAAAGCCUAUUCCAGGGAUGUUUACAAGCAGACAGUGUACUCGCUUAAAGAUUCUCGGUUCCAGAUAAGACACUCCCAAAGAGAUUCUCCCCCGAAAUAGCCCGUUCUCAAAGAUACCGAAACACCAAAACUCCAGAUAUGUUCGCUACUGCACCUGCCUGCCAUACCUCUUCCAGGGUUAUAUAGAGAAAGCACCGCCUCGCUUAGUUGCGCAUGAUCCGCCGAGCGAGCCGCUUGGGCCUGCCGGCGCGGCGGGGGGACGAGCCGUCCUGGGGCGGGGUUGGCAGGUUGUGUGGGCUGGGCUUGCCGCCGCCGUUCCUACCACCAGUGUACGGGGGAGGGGGGUUGGAGUUGUCCACGUCUGUACAAAGAAGAAGAAGUAUAACCCUUUGUUAACUUUCUAAACCGCCCGUACCCCACCUAUUGUCUUUGGCUCCCGUCGUGGGCAGUCAUGGUGGGGUUUGAAAUUGAAACAGGGUUUACCUACCGCAUCGGCAGUAUUGCUGGCAUUGUGGCGGCGGGGACACGGGGCAGUCGCGCAUCCCCCCGACGCACUGGCAAAAAGGUCGGCAACUGUCCGUAGGAACCGGUGAGCAUACCAGCUUCCACUGGGCGGCAACCAAAGCGCUGGAUAGAACGGCGAGGAAGAAUGCAGGGCGCAUGGUGAUGGUGUUCUUGGCUUGUUUGGGUUGGUGGGUGG